GUGUCGCCCAUAGCAGGGUUCGAGGCUAUAUGACACGCGCGCCUUCCUUCCCGCCCAUAGGGCUCACGACAGUGCAUCGCUUCUUUCUUUUUGCAGGUCUUACUGAAUUGAGUUUGCGUGGCAGCAAUCCUUUUCGCCAUCCAGUGGACUGUUGAGUCAUGUCUAAGGCACCUCAUGCAGACCAUGCCGUCGACACCAGAUGUGCCCUCGACUGCAGCAGCAACGAAUGGAGCGCGCAGAACAUUCCAUGCACCAAGGGGGGCGGUGCGAGCUGUAAGUUACUGGAGCACCAUGCGGAAAUUAAUAGGGUACUUCUAGGCGCUGCCCUGGAGCAUCGGGAAGACAAGCGAGGACAGAGCAGAGGUGAUGCCCUUAUUGCGGCUGUCGAGGCAAGCACUUGCUGGUACGCAUGGUACAGCUCUCGGGAAAACUCGUGCAAAGCGAGAGCACUGGAUCUUGUUGAGCUUCUACUCGCCGAGCACCCCUGCAUCACGGCGAUGGAAUUCACUAGGAACUUUAUGCUUCGCCCAUCGUUGCUCUCAGCAGUAAAACGUCAUCCCCGUUUGAACAGCUUCACUGUACCCGGGAAAUUCGCGGCAUUGCCCGACGCAGCUGAGGUGUUCGACGUGAUAAGAUCUUUGCCACAGCUCAAGAAUCUAGCUUUCAAGGCUUACGAGUUCGAGAAGAAAUCCUGGACUACGUGCUGCAUCUUUGACUGCUCAUUUGACCUUCCCUUAAGUUGUCUGUCGACCCUCGACCUCGCAGAGCUGCUAAUACCCAGCACUGAGGUCGGACGGCUCGUCCAGGCGCUCACUGAAAACGAAAGCAUCACCGACCUCUGCGUCGGAGAUUGCGUGUUCUCCUACCGAGAUAAAGACUCCAUUGCAAGGUUCCCGAAGUACCUCGCGAAGGAAAAUUGUGCGCUGCGAACAUUGACGCUCAAAGCGAGCGUGUAUUCCACCAGCAGGUCACUCCUGCGGGAACUCGUCGACGCGUUCGGCAAAAUGAAUUUUUUGGAGGAACUGAAUCUGGAUAUCAUCGUGACAACAAUGUUCGUACCUACGUUCGCCCUCUUCGCCGAAGUAGCCAGUCGGAGCGCCAAACUACGCAGCCUGAGGUUGCCUUGGACGACUACAUAUCCCUAUCUUAAUGUUCACAGUACAAGUCCUGAAGCCACGCAAUGCAUGAAGUCAUGGCACACAGCCUUGCAAGGAUCGAAGUCUCCGCUAAAGCAGCUGCGUAUCGACUUGAAGGGCUUCGGCGAAGCCGCAUGCGACACUUUCUUCGACGCAAUCGCCAACAAUGAAUCUCUGCGGUUGGUGGAAGUCGACACUUUGCCCUUCAUCGAUGGGCUCGACAGGGUCUCCAAAACUAUUCUGGAGCGAGGUCUGAACGAUCGAGUGGUCAUCAAAGGACACCAUCGGCACAGCAACGCAAACCAGCUGCUGAAAUACCCGCAAAUCAGCAGCGUGGCCGUAACGCUGGGGCGGUUCAUUUCCCGCGAACGCGUCGACCCGCAGUCGGUUAUCUCGACUCUGGAAGUGGUCGGUAGCUCGAGUAACGUAACGUCACUGCUGGUUACGUGCAAUGGAUUCAAUCGCGACGAAUUAUCUGCCUUGGCGGCAUGCCUAAGGAACGCGGCUGUGCUCACUGAUGUCGACAUAAACCUCGGGACAGUUUUGGAUGCCUUAACAGAAGAGGAGUGUAGGGAAGUACGAGCGGAACUAGUGUCGGCGCUGGCCUCCAACCUCAAACUUCUCAAAGUCAGCAUCAAAGGCGUGCUGCUGUCCCAUUACGACUUGAACGUCCUCGCACAUGGUGCCAGCAAGAGUCUCCGCCUCACCGAAUUCACCAUGACUCCUGCCUGUCAUUGCAUUACCCCGAAUGCCAAGCUUUGUGAAGCCCAGCCAAGUGGUUUUCAGCACAAGCACAGUGCGUUAAUGGAAACAAUCAAGUUCAAGAACAUCGAACUUGCCGACGUCCUGCAAGCGACCAGAAGGAAUGCCUCCGCCGUCUCGGCCGCUUCACAAUUCGUGCUAGGCCAGCAAGAUGCCUUGGACGGUGCGGAUGCCGUCGAGCUGAUGCACGACCACCCACGUCUACUCGAAAUGGUGAUGGAAGGUGAUGACGUCACAAAGACCAAAGCUAAGGAGAUGAUCAGCAGUGCUCUGCUGCGUGUGUACCAUUGUAGCCUUGAUGAGUUUAUGAGAAUCGCAGGCGUCGUCAAGGAGAGGGUGGAGUGCUUUCGUCAUCCCGGUGCCAGGCUUCAGCUCGUUGACAUUGACCCCCACUGCUGGCUGCACAUUCGCAGGUUCCUGAAGAUAAGGGACGUUCUCAACAUUGAACCGGUAUUUGUUAAUCCAGGCAGCUCAUGGGCUUUUGAAUGCGAUUAGCUCAGCAUAAAUAAAACAAAGAAACUUUCUUAGUCUGAGUACGAGUGGGCUCCGUGGAAAAAAUGCAAAACUUUAGUGCCCUUACUCUGUCAAGAAGGAUGACCAGCGAAGCUGUAGAGAGAUGACUACAUUGACGACUAUAUUGAUUCAUAUUGUUAUACUGGCUGAAUAAAGACACGUGAAACUUUC